AUGGUGAAGGUCUCGGAGAGCGAACUGAGCGACAAGGCGCUGGAGGAAUUUCUGUCGGACGACAGUGACGAGGGGAAUGAGGAGCUGCUAAAUAAGAAGUAUACGGAGAAGGAAUCACUAAUCACGCUGGAAACCAAGUUCCCCAAAAUAGUAACCAUAUUGGGGAUUCCAAAGGUGGAGGAAGAGAAGCACAGCAGAUUGGCGGAGGUGUUGAAAAAAUUGUUCAUAAGGCAUCUGAAUGCAAAAAUAAGUGACUCCUCCUUGCUUAACAUAAAAAUAGACAUGCCAGUGGACGAAGAGAAGAAGACCAAAGGAAUCUGCUUCGUAACGUUUAACGACAGUUUCCAAGCAAACGAAGCGGUGAAGAUUCUGAACAAGCUAAAGCUCGAUGCGAAACAUGUGCUUACAGCUUCCAAAAUGGAUGACAUAGAAAAUAUCAUAAAUCGAGAUGAACACGUGAUGCCAAUUAACGUCGUUGGAUUUACGAGGGAAAAAAUCCGAUGGUGGUUAUAUGAUGAAAGGUGCAGAGAACAGUUCAUCGUGAGGUACGACUCUCAUUUUGAAGUGCAUUGGUUCGAUCCUCUGGAAAAAGAACCACAGCUCAUCUAUACCACGUAUAAAAAGAGUGCGCCAUUUUCUAGUGUCCAGUGGAGUAACCAAGGGUCCUACUUAGUCAGUUUUCACAAUCCAGGAAUAGCCCUCUGGGGAGGAGACAAUUUCGAGAAACUGAUUCGAAUGCAACAUAAGGGUGUGAAAGAGAUUAGCUUUUCUCCGAAUGAGAACUAUGUCCUGACAUGGGAUGGAACCCCUGCUUCGCUGAGAAAUGAAAAAUCAAUAUGUAUCUGGAGAGUCAUAACGGGGAAGUUGCUCCGUUCGUUUAUAACGCCUGAAUUUAGUGCAAGGGAUAAAAGCUAUAAUUACUUUCUGUGGAGUCCUGAUGAUAAGUACAUUGCUUGUAUAGGGAAACAGAAAGAGGUAUACGUAUAUGAAUUGCCUAGCAUGUUGCUGAUGGAAGAUCAUGAGAAGAAAAGGACUCCUCUCAAAUAUAGCUUCGUUAAAGAGUUCGAUUGGUCCCCUGUGGAUAACAUUGUCUCCAUAUGGAUCCCAGGGAGCAACGUCACUCCAGGGACGUUAAUCCUGGUUGAUAUACCAUCAAGAAAGGAGUUGGUGUCGAGAAAAAUCUACGACGUGGUGCAUGCAUCGAUUCACUGGCAAAGUAAGGGAGAUUACCUCUGUCUCAAAACGACCAUCGAGAAGAAGAUCAGCAAGAAGAGCAAGAAAGAAUUCACUCAGCUUGAAAUUUUCCGUAUCCGAGAAAAGAACAUCCCCGUUGACAAUAUCCAAAUUGAGGGAAUCAAGACGAAGCAGUUCCACUGGGAGGAGUCCAAUAGCAAUCGAUUCGCUUUAAUCGUUAGGGAUGAAGCAACGAGCAGACAGCAAAUCAGGUUCUACAAAAUUGAGAACAAAGGAACAGCUAGGAAUGCAAAAUGGACAAGCACAUUCGAUAUUAACAGCCAGAUGAACUUUAUGCGGUGGUCACCACAGGGGUCCUACUUCAUCUUAGCUUCAUUAGGAUCGGAAGGUCUCCUCUACUUCUGCUGUUUCAAUACCAAUGACGAAGUGGAAGUCAUACACAAAGAUGAGCACCUCUUAGCCAACUCCGCCUCAUGGAGCAACUGCGGAAGGUAUCUCGUAACAUCCGUAUCCAGUUCAGCCAACGCAGUGGGUACCAGCUACAGAGAAGAAAACAGUGAGACGGGAUUCUUCAUAUGGUCCUUCCAAGGCAGGUGCCUCAUGACCAUUAAGAAGCCAUCCUUCUUUCAGUUCUUCUUUAGACCACAUCCCAAAUCUCUCUUCAGUGACAAGCAAAAACUCGAUAUCAAGAAUAACCUAAAGGAUUACUCCAAAAAGUUUGACGUCAUGGAUGAGAAGGUUAGGAACGCUAAGCGAAAUCAACUCCUAUCGGACCGAAAAACUGUCGAAGCGUCAUUUAAUCAGAGAAUGGAGAAAGUCACUCAGCUUUUCCACUCCUUUAAGGAAUAUGAAGAAUUCAAGAAAAACUGGGAGCAGUUCGAGAGCCAGUUCGAGUGGGAGGAGAAGACCGUCGUAAUUGAGCAUGUCCUCUCCGUCAAACAGGAAAUAUUCGCCUAA